AUGGCUCCGGCUGCGUUUUGCAACCUGUUGCCAAGUCACCGAAAAAUGAGCGAUGGGGAUAAGGCUCAAGUGAAUAGCAUGAAGCAAUUUGGAAUCCCUACCUCGAAGAUAAUGGCUUACAUGGCAGGCCAAUCGGGUGGCUACAGCAUGCUUCGGUUUACAAAAAGGGAUUUGUACAACUAUGUUCACAAUCAACGGCGAGCACGAAUCUUGGAUGGGGAUGCAGCUGCAACUAUAAGCUACUUAGAGGGGAAGGCAAAUGCGGACCUUAUGUCAGUCGCCAGAUACACAACGACUGCAGAUAAUCGGUUGGGUAACUUAUUUUGGGUGGACGGUAUCAUGAAAUCCGAUUAUGAGUUGUUUGGUGAUGUCCUUGCAUUUAACGCGACAUACCGUGGGAACAAGUACAAGAAACCUCUGGUGGUGUUCUCUGGGAUAAAUCAUCACAGGCAAACUUGCAUUUUUGGAUUUGCAUUGCUUCAAGAUGAGGAGGUGCGCACUUACAAAUGGGUUCUACUGAACCUUUUGGAUGUCAUGGGUCAAAGAAGACCUAACCUUGUUGUGACGGAUGGGGAUAAGGCAAUGCGUGCUGCCAUUGCGGAGGUAAUGCCUUCAGCCAAGCACAGACUCUGUGCAUGGCAUCUGGAGAAAAAUUGUUUCCAACGGGUAAAGGAAGCUGAAUUUCGGAAAGUAUUCAAAAAGGCUAUCUAUGCAAACUUUGAUGUUGACGAGUUCGAGAGAUAUUGGAGGACCUCAAUUGAGUCUCUCAGUCUAGGCCAAAAUACAUGGGUGCAAUCGACAUAUGACAUUAAAGAGAGUUGGGCAACGGCCUAUCUGAGGGGGACCUUUUGCGCCGGAUAUAGGACAACGUCAAGAUGUGAAGGAAUCAACUCUUUCAUUAAAGCGUUCCUAAAGUCAACGGAUAGCAUUCUUGAACUGGUUCACAGCUUGGACAGGGUCGUGAAAGACUAUCGGAACAAUGAGGUUACUGCACAAUUUUACUCCACUUAUUACACACCUGUGUUAAGUACUGGAUUAGAUGCAAUAGAGUUGUCUGCGUCGAAGCUUUAUACAAGAGCUGUUUUUAGGGAGGUUAAGAAGCAAAUCAAGGGUGUUGCAACGCUAUUGUUUCAGGGAAGGGAGAGCAUCAACACGACCAUUGUCUAUAGCUUUAGUAAAAUGGGUAGACCGGAUCGGGUAUUCAAGGUUCUCUAUGAUCCGAAUGACCGAAAGAUUGAGUGUGAGUGUAAGAUGUGGGACAGUGAUGGCAUACCGUGUUCCCAUAUAUUUUGUGUCAUGAAGUACGAGGGUAUGGAGGAAAUUCCUGAAACACUUGUCCUUAGGCGCUGGUGUAAGAUUGCAAAAGACUGUACAACAUUGAAAACGGGGAAUGAUUCAAGGGAUCAGGCAAGACUGCUGCGAUACAGUGCAUUAUACUUAGCUUUGUCCCAUGUUGUUACACUUGGGUGCGAAGAGGUUGAAGAUUUUGCGCUUGCACAUGAUGCUAUAUCAAACCUGGUUGAUAUAUUGCAACGGCGCCGUGUGGAAAAGGAUGGUAACAAGGUUUUGCCCAACAACAAAUGUGGGGUCAAAGACCCUACGAUGGCAGCUACAAAGGGUGCACCGAAGAGGGGAAAAGCCAAUUUAUGUGCCUCCGAGGAGGAGCCGAAACUGAAGAGGCGUUGCACUAAGUGUGGGGUUCCCGGACAUACAAGAAGAACAUGUGCAGGCCACGAUUUGAAGGCUGUACGAGUGGGAUCAGAAGCAGCAUCAUCAGCUUUCGCCGAGUCUUCUUUUGCCCAUGUAAAAUCCACGGAACGAUCCACGUCAUUACGCAGGGAGGUCCCCUUCGAAGAGGGACCAAAGGUCACAUCUAGCCGUAGCCAAGGAGGUGCACCAUUAGGCAUGACCCCUACUCAAUCGAACGUGUCGCGGUUCGCACCUUCUGGAGGUGGAGGCAAUAUAUUCUUGGGUGGGCAACGCAUAGAUCAUUUUUAUGCAACACCUACGUGUGGACCAACGUCAUCCGUCCCGUGCUAUUCUCCUUCUUUCGUCCCAGGUGUGAUUCAUAGCGGAUCCCAUGGUGCCUCGACAAGUCUUGGUAGCGAGGCAAUUGAGAGGUGGAUUCUGGAGAAUGUAAUUGGUCUAGGGUCUUCGGUGGAAAAGAAUGGUGCUCUUCGAUGA